AUGCUCACAAAGACCUAUGGCGCGGUAGUCGUAGGCGGUGGAGGUGCAGGCAUCGCGGCUGUUGGCGCCUUACUUCACUUUCAUAAGGCUAUGCCGAUAGCUUGGAUAGAUCCUGACUUCAUUGGAGGAAGGAUCUCGAAGAGAUAUCGAGAUGUGUCAAGUAACACCAAAACUUCCUGGUUCCUGGAGUAUGCCCGUGCAUUCGAGCCGUUCCGUCAGGUCGUAUCCUCAACGCCGAAGCCGAAUGCAAUUAGCGUGCUUGAAGAGCUCAACCAGAACCGUGGCUGCCGUCUUGCAUAUGCUGCAGAUAUGCUGGAGAUGCUGACAAGGGGCCUGCUACGGUUCCCCAAUAUCGAUGCAUGGUCCGGAAGGGUGGCUCAAGCUGACUUCAAGAACACCUCUUCACUCUGGUCACUACAUCUUGGUUCCGCCGACACGCCGUUCAAACAGAGAAUACGCUCCCGGAGUCUGGUCGUGUGUACAGGUUCUUCGCCUACGACGAUAUCUUUGCCUACAUCAUCCAUCUGCCUCGACCUCGAUGUUGUUCUGGACCGACGGAAACUCCGAAGCAGCCUUCCUGCCACCGACAAAGAUGUGGUCGUUGGAGUAAUAGGCACGUCACAUAGUGCUAUCGUUGCCAUCAUGAACCUCUACGAAUUAGCAACAGGGACCCAUCCCUGCCUCCGAAUCAAAUGGUUUGCUCGUGGUGCAUUGUCCUACGCGGUCGAGAUGGAUGGCUGGAUCCUUCGAGAUAACACUGGUCUGAAAGGUGCCUCUGCAGAUUUUGCGCGCGAACAUUUGGAAGAGGAUAAACUAUCACAUUCGCCUGUGGGAAGAUAUGUCACCAAGAUCCAAUGCCCAGAUGCUGCAAACGAAUCGAUGCGACCUCAACUUUCCACAUGCACACGUAUCGUCCAAGCCAUCGGCUUUACAAGAGACCCUCUCCCACGUCUCACCCUGGACGGCAACGAACUUAAAGGAAUCACCCACGAUCCUGUGACGGGGUUGCUAAAAGAUGAUAAAGGCCGCAAUAUCCCGCAUUUAUAUGGCGCUGGUAUUGCCUUUCCAGAGAGAGUCACAGAUCCGGCCGGCAACACUGAAAUGGCCGUUGGUCUUUGGAAGUUCAUCAAGUAUUUGAAUCGAGUGGCCCCUUCGUGGUGUUAG